CGCGGGUGAGGCCUCCGACCGUGGACGAUGGGCCACUGUGGCACGGCGAGGACCCUUCUCAAUCGCUUGAGCACGAUCUGUAGGGGCUACAGAUCUGUGUCGAGGGAAGACAACGCCGAAUGCACCUGCUAAGCACUGGCCGCGUACUCCACGUAUCAUCACUCGACGCUGAAGUUCAGCGAUAACGGGCGGGCAUUGCCCGCGGACCCCGCACGACUGUUGUUUUGCGUUGGUUCUUCUGUCUGUUAAGGCGUCGAGAAUGGGCUUGACCGGGAUAGUUCUCGCCGAGGGUGCCGGCAUUCGCUCUACGGCCAGCGAGCCCACCGCAACCGUGAUGUCCCCCAUCGUCCGCUUUGAUUCGAACGUGUACGAGGAGUUGGUGAUGAUGCACCCAUCCCGUGCGUUCCGGUUGAUCUAGGGUCAUCAAAAUGAUGUCGCGAGGCGGAGAAGAUGCUUGCGUCCACUCUGGUCUCGCUGCCCAACUGUCCAAAUCAUUGCCUGCUGACUGCUUCCUCCUCGCCUCAACUUCGGUGCAGUGUGCUGGAACCGUCGCGUUCUUCCGUGAGUUGGCUACAGCCGUUGACACUGCGUGUUGUCAUCUCCAUGCACGUUCACAAUCAAACUCAACUUGAGGCCGACAAGCUGCCAACCACCUUCAUCAUGCUCACGUGGCUCCUCGACGUGGACGACCCGUUCAAGAAGUUCGGGCUGUUGAUGCUCGGCGUCUUCGUUGGAGCCGCCGUCGCCUCGCAGUGUAUGCCCAGCGACAAUAUAGACAAGAAGCUGUCAAAGCAGCAACAAACCGUCACGCCGGGCGCGCGUGGCCCGACGCGAGUGCCGUUCCUACCAUCCGCGAUCCCAGUCGUGGGACACGCCGUGUUCAUGGCCUACCACGCCAACCGGUUCCUCGACUGGGUCACGGACGUCUUCCUGUCUCGCAACGGUGCGCCGUUCACACUAAGCUUACCGUUCCAGCGCAACAUGAUCCUCACUGCCAACCCGGAGCACUACGAGCACGUUAUGAAGACGCAGUACGACAACUUCCUCAAAGGGGACCACAUCUACGACCUGCUCGUGGAUCUGUUGGGCGAUAGCAUCUUGAUCGUCGAAGGGGAAGAGUGGAAGUUCCACCGCCGUGUGUUCGUCAACCUCUUUAGCUCUAGAGCACUACGAGAGCACAUGGCCCCCAUCAUUCAGAAGCACGUGCGUGUGCUUCAGCACGUGUUGGCGGAGGCGACCAGGACGGAUGAACCCAUCGACAUGUUCACGUACUCGGGUCGGUUCACACUGGACGCGUUCGGAGAGAUCGCGUUCGGCUUUAACAUGAGCACACUCACACUACAGCACGAGCAUCCGUUCGAACGCGCGUUCGUGGACGCGCAGCACAUCGUGGCGGCGCGACUGGUCGUGCCCACGUGGUAUUGGAAGCUCAAACGCUGGCUGAACGUCGGGACCGAGAAACGUUUGCGUGAGGCGCUCGGAACCGUCGACCAGUUUGUCAUGGACGUCAUCUCCAAGACGAUGGACAUGCGUAGCGCCAAUGAAUCCGAGGACAAACCGCAUAGACGAGACAUUGUGUCUCUCGUUCUGCAGAACGAGACUGUGGAUGGGAAGCCGGUAGACCCCAUUCUGGUGCGUAAUGUGGUGCUCAUGGCGUUGAUCGCCGGGCGUGACACGGCCGCGGACGCCAUGGCGUGGCUGUUCCAUCUGCUCACACUCAAUCCUCAUGUAGAGGAGAAGCUGCGUGCUGAGCUGCUGAGUAAGCUGCCCAAGCUGGCAACGGACUUUGACUAUGUGCCGGAUAUACAAGAAGUGCAGAGCUUGCCGUACUUGGAGGCCACGAUCUGCGAGGCAUUAAGACUCUUCUCUCCCGUGGGCUUGGCCCAGAAACUCUGUGUACGCGACACGGUCUUUCCGGACGGCACGUUCGUGCCCAAGGGGUCGAACAUUGCCCUGGUGUAUCAUGCUAUGGCACGGAUGCCGGGUGUCUGGGGUGCUGAUGCGGCAUCGUUCGUGCCGGAACGGUUCAUUGACCCUCAGACGGGAGAGAUGCUCAAGGUCUCGUCCGGUAAGUUCAGUGCCUUCAAUACCGGUCCGCGCGUCUGUGUUGGUCGGAAACUUGCGAUGAUGGAGAUGAAGAUGGUUGUUGCGUGUGUAGUGAGUCGCUUCCACUUGGAUGAAGUGCCGGGCCAAGACGUGGCCUGUUCGGGUGGACUCACUAUCGGCAUGAAGCACCCGCUCAUGAUGCACGUGCAGAAACUCACUGCGACAGGUGCCGUUGCUGUGGGCGAGGCAGCUUGAUCAUGCUGGUAAGCUGAAUGAUACAAGUACAUGUAUAUGUUGACGUUAAGAUAUUGAAGCUUAGAUAAUGUAUGAACUGGGAACGCAAAGGCAUCCAGUGUUUCUCUUCACUACAGUUUAUGAAGCAACGCCUCAUUCAAUUCGUAUUAUCGGACACAAAGGCCGACGUGUUGCUUCUCUUGACUGUAGUAACGUGAAGU